AUUUUAAUUUUAACCUAACUUAAUUGUCAGUUUAACGGUUUUCAAAUUAUUGUAAGAGAACUGGUAUUUUUAUAAGCACGUUGUGAAAAUAAUGGAAAAAGAAAACCCGGAUUUGAAUAAAGAAUUACCAAAUAAUUACAAAGAAAUAGUAGCAAAUGAACAAAACGAAAUGACUCAAGUUGUUGCGGCUCAAGUAACUGACUCAAAGAAGGAUGCUGGAAAUGAAGAGUUAAAGCAAUAUCUUAUGCCAUGGCUUCAUUUAGUAGAUUCAAAUGGAGAAUUACCAAGUAAUUAUGAAGAAAUACUAGCAACAGAAAAAAAACAGAAAGCUGAAGCUAUCAAGUACGAAGAACAGAAAGAAUCUGAUUCAGAGAAGAAAGCUAGAUAUGAAGCAUUAGUAAAGCAAUGUCACAUGCCUUGGCUUCAUUUAAUUGAUGGUGUAACAGGGGAAUUGCCAAAAAAUUAUAAACAAAUUUUAGCUGAAGAAGAAAUGCAAAAAAGAAAUAAAGAUCAAAAUAAUGAUUCCAAACCUGCUGGACAAACAAUGGUGGAUCUUAACAAUUCUUCAAAGUUAUCUCAUCUUAAAAGUGAUAAAAAAAUAAUCAAACUAUUCAAAAAACCCCCUGUAACGACAACAUCAAAAUCAAAUUCUAAAUCAUUUCUUUUUAAAACCCCAAAGGUGUCUAAUUGCAGUACAAAAUUUGCAAGUAAAAAUAAAAAGCCAUCUACAACAUCAAAUAAAGAUACUACUAAGUUAAUAACAAAUAAAAAACAAGAUGUUAGAAUUAAACCUUUGAUAAAAAUAGAAUCACCUCCACUUCAAAUUGAAAGUCAUUCCAGAAGGCAAUUAUUUGCAUCAACACCCAGAACACAACAAGAAAUAUCUCCUAAAUCGCCGAGUCCAUUAGCAGAUUCCAUUUUGAAUACUACAGCAAACUUUGUUGAAUUAGAAGCAUUAUUGCAAACGCCAAAAGUAGACAAGUUUAAUACAUUACAAAAACUUGAAGCGUACAUUAAUGAAACUGAGAAAUCAAUUAAGCGACAAACGGAUACUUUGAAUGAGUUAAAAGAAGUUUAUAAAUCGUUAAAAAUGGGAUCAGUGUUAAAAGAUUGUAAUAAGAAAAAGAACUUAAAUUUGAGAGUAGCCGUUUUGAAGAGUACAAUUGAUGUUAAUGAAAAAGAAAAUACAAAUUACAAAGCUGUGAAUCGUUAUAAUAACUUAAAAGCAGAUAUUGACUUAUUAAAAACGCCUAAUUAUGCAAUGGUAAAUGAUAUGAGAAAUCGAUUAUCAAAAAAAGUUAUGAAUCAAUGCGUAAUGUUAGAGGAUACACCCAAGAAAUAGAUGUUAUAUUUAUAUUUUAAAAAUAGUUUUUAUAAUUUCCAAAGUAUGUAAUAUUUGAUA